AUGAAAAUACAGAAACGGAAAAAUGGUCCCCGGGUGGAAAUCCACACCUUCGAUGAAGGGAGCCCCAUAGGAUACGGGGGGGGGGCAAUUUUGCUUUUGGUCAAACAGCAAACCCAAGCUUACAUCUCAACCAAACCAAAACAAAAAACAGGUUGGCGAACAAAAGAAACAGAAGUCAGAGAGGAAUUUAACAAAGGACAAAUAGACAUACUGGUAAUGAGCGAAACAAAAAAGAAAGGACAUGGCACAGAAGACAUAGAUGGGCACCUACACAUGUGGAGCGGUAUUAAUAAAGAAAACAGAGCUAAAGCUGGGGUUUCGGUACUUAUCAACAAGAAAUGGAAGAAAACCAUUACAUCAUGGGAACCCAUUAAUGAACAUAUAAUCACAGUACACUUGAAAAUGUGCGGCAGAUCAAUAGUUUUAUUAGGAGUAUAUGGACCAACAAACGACAGCCCCGCUACAGAAAAAAUUUCAUUCUUUGAAACUCUAAAGGAAGAAAUUGAAAAAGUAAAAACUAAACAAGAAAUAAUAAUAGCUGGGGACUUUAACGGAAGGACGGGAAAUAAAGCACAUAACAAAACAGUAGGCCAAUUCGGGGAGGACACAAUUAAUGACAAUGGUGAAAGAUUAAUUGAAAUUUGCGAAUUAAACGACUUAAAAAUUACCAACGGCUUCUAUAAACAUAAAGACAUCCACAAAUACACCUGGAUACAAGAAACUAGGAAUCUAAGAUCCAUAAUAGAUUACAUAGUUGUUAGGAUAACUACAACAAUUAAGAUACAGGAUGUAAGAGUUAAAAGAAGCGCUGAAUGCGGAACCGAUCAUCGACUGGUAGUUGCGUACAUGCACUUUCCUUGGUAUGGAGUAGCAAAGAAAAACAAAGAAGAGACAGCAAAACAAGAACAACAAAAAGACAACCAAAACAACCAGGAAAUAAACGAGAAAAGAUUUAAAAUUCACCUCCUAGAGGAAGAAACAAUAAGAGAUUUGUACAGACGUAGACUUGAUGAAAAACUAAUAGAGUUCAAUUUUAAUAAUUUAACAGACACUUACGAACACGUGAAGAAGAGCAUUAAAGAGGCAGCUUAUGAAGCAUUAGGAGAGGAAGACGGAAAGAACAAAAAAUAUACAGAAGAACUUAGUCAGGAAGCUAUUGCAGCUAUUCAGGAAAAAAAGGGCUUACACCAAAAAUGGCUCUGUACAAAUUCGGGAGAAGACCUACAGAAAUAUAAGGACAAAAACAGAGAAACAAAAAAACUAAUUACAUUUCAUUUACUUGUUUAUGUACUUCAGCUUUAUGGAUUUCAGGGUAUCGAUAAUUUCGUGUGUAGAUCGGAGUGUCGUUAG